AUGUUCCUGCAGCAACUACUGUUAACGGCGCGUUCAUUUUCGACUACAGCUGUCUCAAAUUUCCCAAAGCUCAAGUCGCAUAGCGGGGCGAAGAAAAGAUGGCGUGCCAUCGCUAAUGGGAAGUUCAAGAGAGCUCAUGCUGGACACGCUCACUUGAAUGUCACGAAAAGACCUGGGCGUAAAAAUCACCUUGGAGAGACUGCAUACUCCAGCAAUACACAAUCGUCUAUCUUGAAGAAGUUACUGCCGUACGGAAAUUGA